ACUUUAGUUAGUUCUUAUAUACAAUUAAUUUUAAUAAAUUGCUCAAAAUGCAAAGACCACCGUUGUACGAGCGUAGUCCUUUAUAUUAUUUUGUUGCUGCAAGUUUACUUGAAAAUGAAGAAUAUUCAUCAAGAGAAGUUAGAGAAAUUACACGCAGAGUUGCUCUGAGAAAGAAAAAUAAUCCUGUGGACAUAAAUGACGCGGAAUUCAAAAAUAGAUACCGGUUGAAUAAAGAAUCAUUCAAGUUUCUUUGUAAUCAACUUAAGCAAAAAACAUCUUUAAAAGCAAGUUCCAGGAUAAGUUUGGAACUUAAGGUUCUUUGCGCGCUAUCUUUUUAUGCCACUGGAUCUUACCAACGCUUAGUGGGAAUGGCUAAAUAUUUGGGCCAAACGACUGUAAGCAAAUGUGUGAAGGAAGUAACAGAUGCUCUUGUAACUCCUGCAAUUUUAAAUACUUUCAUAAAAUUUCCUUAUGCCAGAGCUGAUAGAGAUGUAAUAAGAAACAAAUUUUUUGCAAAGUAUGGUUUCCCAGGAGUUAUAGGAUGCAUUGAUGGAUGUCAUUUCCAUAUUUUCACACCCAAAAAAGAAGUCGAACAUUUGUAUUAUAGUAGAAAGCAUUUCCAUUCAUUAAAUGUGCAAAUGAUUUGUGAUAGUGAUUGUCGUAUUUUAAACGUAAAUGCGAAAUACGGAGGAGCCACCCACGACGCUUUUAUUUGGGAAAAUAGCGUGGUCAACAAUUAUAUGCAGAGCUUACAUCGAAAUAACGAGCAAGUGUGGUUGUUAGGUGAUUCUGGUUAUCCACAGCGACCCUGGUUAAUGACACCAAUUUUAGAUGCUGUUGAGGGAACUCCAGCUUAUAAAUAUACAGCAGUUCAUGGAAGGACCAGGGUAGCUAUUGAAAAUACUUUUGGGCGACUAAAAAACCGAUGGCGUUGUUUGUGUAAGGAUCGCACAUUACACUAUGCUCCAGUAAAAUGUGCAAAAAUCAUAACAGCAUGCUGUGUAUUGCACAACUUAGCCAUUGAGUUCAACAUACCUGAACCAGAACCAGCAGAGAUUGAAAACCCCAAUUUGACUAUGACAAUCUCUGAACAUAUUUUUCAAGAGAAUACUACAGGAGAUGGGUUAAUUAGGGGUAGAGCUAUAAGAAGUAUUUUAGUGGAUAAAAUUAAUAGACUUCAUACAUAAUUUUACUUUUGUUUAUUAAUUUUGUAAAAAUAUAGUAAUUGGUAAUUAUAAUUAAGUAAUUGGUAAAAUAAAAUAAAAUAAAAUAAUUAAGUAAUUGGUAAAAAAAUAUAGUAAUUAAGCUUAA